AUGGGCGCGUGCAUGAGCAGCCACGGGGCCGACCCCGACCGCCCCAGGUCGCGGGCCAAGCUCCGGGAAAAGAACACCCUGCGGGGCGGGGUCAGCAGCGGCGAGGUUUCCAUCCUGGCGGAGGCCUCCGUCGGUAACCUGGAAAUCGGCGCGGAGCCCGGGCACCCGCUCGAGCACUACGACGUGCUUGACACCCUCGGCACGGGCGGUUUCGCGGUGGUCAAGCGCGUGCGGGAUAAGAAGACCCUGGAGACGUUCGCGAUGAAGAUCAUCAACGUCGAGAUGCUGCAGAACCCCGACCAUGGCAAGACCGACGACGAGCGCGCGAAGGAGAUCAUGACAAUCAAGGAGGUCAUGUCCGAGAUCCAGACCCUCCGCAAGCUCAACCACCCGUCCAUCCUCCACCUCAAGGAGUACUACGUGACAGAGGCUGAGAACCACGUGUACGUCAUCACCGAGGUUUUGUACGGAGGAGCGGUGCUGGACGCCAUCCUGAAGAUGAAGGACGAGCGAUACACCGAGGCGGAGGCCAAGGUUGUGGUCCGGCAGACGCUCGAGGGCAUCGACUACAUGCACUCGCACCUUGUCGUCCACCGCGACUUGAAGCUCGAGAAUCUUCUGCUGAAGCAGCAGGACGACUUGUCGUCCGUGGUCAUCGCGGACUUUGGCCUGGCGAAGCGGUGCAGGGAGAAGACCACGAGUAGCACCACGUUGGUCAAGGACGGCGAGUACCUCCCGCACGCCAAGGGCGUGGACGACUCCGCGGUGGGCACGCCCGUGUACGCGGCGCCCGAGGUUGUCGAGCAAAAAUCUUACGGAGCCGCCGUGGACAUGUGGUCGCUGGGCAUCAUCGUCUACAUCCUGGUCACCGGCGCCAUGCCGCGGGACCUGUGGAAGGCGGCGUUGAAGUACGGCAAGGUGACGAAGGAGGACUUCGGGUUCGACUGCUACGAAUGGGACGACGUCUCUGCUCACGCCAGGGAUUUCGUGGUGAAGACCUUGGUGUACAACCCGAAGAACCGGAUGAGCGCGAGGGACGCGCUGAACCACCCUUGGAUGAAGGACGUGACCAACGUCCGCCCGGCGCCGCUGCGCAUCAAGUCCAAGCUCCGGGACUUCGCCAAGGGCAUGAAGCUGCCGCUGAGACGGUACGCUCCGGGUGAGUUUCUGAUCAAGCAGGGUGAGCGCGCCAGCGACGAGGUUUUCCUCAUAAAGUCGGGGCGGGUCGACAUCAUCGUCAACGACCGCGAGACUGGCGAACCGGUGAAAGUGGCGACGCGAGAGGUUGGCGAGUUCGUCGGCGAGAUCGCCGCCGCGACCGCGCUGCUGGAGAAGUCACCGAGCGGGAAAGGAAAGGGGCCGGAGGACGCGGCUGCGGCGGGGCCGAGGAAGUCGAUAUCCGAGCCCGAUAAGGAGUUCCUCGAGGGUGGCCGCGCGAAGAGCACGUUCGCGGGCGCGAUCAGCGCGAGGAUCGCAGGGAAGAAGUGGGUGGGUCAACGACGGACCGCGGACGUCGUGGCGGCGACGAAGGUGGAGUGUCUGGUGCUCGGGAAGAAGGAGAUGCAGUGGGCCAUCACCCACGACGAGGCAAUCAAGUCCGAGCUCGAGAAGGACAUCCGCCGGCGGCGCAUGCAGACGCAGAUGACGCUCUCGAAGUCGAUCAAGCACAGGGACGUCGUCCCGGAGGUCAACUAGGGGUGAGGAUGUCGAUCGCCUGAAGGUUGGGACACGC